UUGUCUUAGACGUACGUGUAUAUAGGUUGUUAGUACUUUCACACGGACAUAGCUGCUUGAAGUUAGGUUUAGUUAGUUUUCUAAUAUGAUGCCUGCAUUCGGACGUUCGACUUAGACCUGAUACGUUCGUGGGGCACAGCAUUUGGUGUAGGAAGUGUUCGGCACAUUUCGACAGGAGGUGGAUUAUAUUGAGUUUGGAGCACAUAGAAUGCAAACAAAAUGGGUGAUUGUACACCAUUGUCACAGCUCAUCUCAUCCAAUGCAUUGAAGUUGCUUGCAAACACUAGCGAAUAUGGCGAUGGUGACGUAGCCAGUUUACAAUGUCUCUCGGGCUAUGACUUAAAGGGACCCGAUGUCGUCACUUGCGUACUAGGAAGAUGGAGCCCUUCACUGCCAUCAUGCACAGCCAAACGUUCGCCAAGUGGCCUCUCAACCGACCAAACGGUCAUUAUAGUCAUCUGUGCAAUAGCGAGCCUAAUCGCAUUGAUUGUCAUCCUCGCAAUGUGUGUCAUCUGCUGUAAGAAAUCUAAAGACGAAGACCCCACUCCCCCAGAGAAACCAGAACC